GUUAGGUUAAACAAUGGAUGACGAAGAUGAAGAGAGGAAGAUGGAAGAGAUAAGGAAGUGGUCAUCUUUUGUAUUGGAUGAUGUAAUCGACAGCAACGAAAAGACAAAGAAAAAGCUGCAUCUUUUACAGAAAGACUUGGAUGCUGGGUUUGAUUUAAAAGAAGAAAAGGCCAGAGCAAUAAAUUUAAUAUCUUAUCUCCACUGGAGGUUGGGUGAAAGAGAGAAAGCCUUUGAAGCAAUAAAAAAAGCACAAGAAGUUAACGAAAGCCGUAGCUUAAUUACUCUGUGUAAUGAAAUUCUAUUUCACCAAGAAGUCGGUGAGUAUUGCCAGUUUCGUAAAUUAUCGGACAACUUUGAAACACACUUAAAAGAAAAAGGAACCCAAACCCGGGCAGUUGCAGAGAUUGCAUACUUUUACUCAAGAUUUGGUCCACGACAUCACGAUCAAGCUGUCCAAUUAUUCCGAAAAGCAAUAGAAGAUAUGAAACCAAAUAGAAAUAUUCUCUGGGAAUUUGGACUUGCUCUAACUUUACAAAGACAGUCUCAUAUGUUUCAGAUGACAGAUCCUGAAAAAUUCAAUCCUGGCGACAAAAAGAAAGAAUCAGCUAGUAUGUUGUAUGCAAUUGUAAAGUGUACACAGUCGGGCUGUUUACUCGAAUAUUGCCAGAUAAUAGGAAAAGCAUGGUGUCGGCUAGGCUCUAUCUUAACGAAAAAUGAAAAUUUAUUUGAUAUAGUUAACAUCGACAAAACAGACACAAUGAAAAUUAACCAGAACUUGUGUUUUGAGAAAGCAUUGCAAUUGUGUCCCAAUCACUAUUUUGUUCUUCAGUCCUAUGGACAACAACUUAGAUAUUGGUGGGAGUUGGAAAAAUCGAGAGAGAUGUUAGAGAAAGCAAUACAUAUGCAAGAUAUGCCUUUCUCGAGACAUCAUUUAGCAAUAACACUAAAAAAGAUUGUUGAAAGAGACAUAUCAAAGCAAAAAUGCAGAAGAAAUUUGAAUCAUUCCUUCUCUACCGAAGAUAGGCAACAAGUUUCGGGGAGAGAACAUUAUGACAGUGGUAUUUCUAGCAUGUCAAAUCAGCUUUCGUUGUCAAUGAGUCAUCAAUCAAUAGAGAAUAGGCAAUACAAUUCGGCGAGAGAACAAUAUGACAAUGGUAUUUCCAGCAUGACAAAUCAGCUCUCAUCAUUGUCCAUUAGUCAUCCAGCAGUCGAGAAAAGCUCAAUGUACUGGAAAGACCACACUUCCCACAGAUAUCAGAGAUCCAGACCAUUUGUAAGAAGAUCAGCAGGGACUAGGAGACCUGAAGGAAAUGCACAGUGGGAUAUAGGUAAUGCUCCUAGAUAUCAGCAAAGAACGAAUACACCAUUUUUUCGAUCCCAGUCAGAUCCUGUACAUCAAACACGUGCUUUUAAUGCAAUGAGGAAAUCGCCCAAUUCUGUCUGUCAUUCUCCUGGCAAUCCACUAUUAAUAAAAGCUGUGGAACAUCUUGAAAAAGCUCUAGAAAUGGAUAAAGAUUUUAACGUUGCUCGUUAUGAAUUAGGACUAAUAUACCGAAUGUUGGACAAGACCAAAGAUGCAAUGAACUGUUUUUCUUUUAUUACAUCUGAUAAUUGUGGAAAACCAUCUGAAUACAAAAUGACUCUUAUAAAUGCAUUUGAACAACAGGGAUUUUGCAAGUUAGAAAUGAAAUCAAAAGAAACUGACCCGGGGAAACAGGAAGAACUUCAAUACGAUGCAGAACAAAGCAUGUGGAAGGCAGUCUCAGUGAUGUCAGGCGUAAUUAGAGCGAUACCAAAGAUACAAACAUCGAACCAGUGUUUCCCAACACUGAAAAGCUUGUUGCUGGAAAGAAGCGAAUCUCCAAAAAAUCUUAAAGAAUUAGCAAAAUUACACGAACUUCUUCAAUUUCCUGUAGAGUCCAUUAAAUUCAUCAAGAGGUUGAUUGAAAUAGGACCUUACGAUAAAGCAACCGUGAAAAAACUUAUACAAAAUUAUAUAGAAAUAAAAGACUUCGAAAACGCUAUUUGCACUUUGUCGUUGUUGCAGUGUACUGGUGAUCUGGAUGUUUUUGAAAGAUCAAUUUAUGUGGAUACAUAUAUUAAAGGGGCAAAAGAUUCAAUGGAGAAACACGAUUUUGAAAUGGGAAAAAUAAGACUUCUGAAGGCCUAUCAAACCAUAUUUCCUAAUCUGUCUUCGUCCUCAAGCUGUCUGGAAGACGAUGCAAAAUCAUCGGAUAUAUUCAUACUACACAGCUGUGGUGAGAGCAAUGGUUGUCAGCAGCUAAAACUGAUCACGUCCACUCUACAAUCAUUUGUUCAGUUACGUGUAGCUGUAAACAGCAACGACUGUCUUCCAUUUCGUCCCGAAAUGACUUACGUGAAGAAAGCAAUGUCAGACUGUCGUUGCAUUUUAGUGCUAUUUCAUGAAACCGGAAGUAUAAACAAUCCUGAUAAUAUGUCAGACUUUGUAGAUUUGGCGAUUGAGAUGAUACUUCGUAAAUAUCGCACAAAAACACUGGUAAUUAAUACAGAAGGAAAUGAACAUGAUUUACAGAUUUGCAAAGAGUUGAUUCUUCCCACCGAGUCUUGUGGCAACACAGAAGAUUCUGACGUACAAACUCUAAAGGAAGGUACUCUUUUCUCUAACAUACUGACGAAAAUGUCAGAAUUGUUCUAAGGAAAGUUUCAAAUCGAAAUGAAAGACACAAUAUGACUUGAAUGAAGGUCAUUAAAAGA